AACAUCAGAAAAAGCGAAAGAAGAGAGAGGAAAGAAGAGAGGAAAGGAGAAGAUCUCGGUGACAAUAUAUUGGUUGCAAGUUGUCAAUAUUGUUGGCUGGAAUAUCUACAGAAGAAUAAUAGAGAUUCAAAUCGAUUCUGUGGGUUCUACAGUUUCAGAUCUGGGUAACUCACUGCAAGAACUUCAAGAUAUUCAUCAGGGAAUUGCAACUUUAAUCACUCUGUUGGAAGAAAAAAACAACCAGGUUUAAAACAGAAUAGCAACUAAAGUGUCAAAGCUGCAGAGUUUCAAAUAAAAGAUUUAAAACAAAACAGCAGUUAAAGUGUCAAAGCUUUAGAGUUUAAAAUCAAGGGUGACGUAAUUGUUUGACAAUAUCUCUAUUUCGUACAGGAAACCUGCCCUCUCCCCUUUGAGGUUUUCUGGAUUCUAUGCAAAACAGUAUAUGUGUGAUUUUCAUCCCGCUGUUCCUCUGCAUAUUGCUUACAGCUAUUUUAACGUCGAGUCCUUCUAUAGAGCUUUGGAACAGUGUGGACUCAAGUUGUUUUACUAUUUCAGAUUCAGUUAUGGCGUCUAAUAUGAGAUACAAAAGAGGAAAAAGAUUGUUACAACGAAAUGAUGGUGAAAGUCUUAAUCAUGAAGCACAGAUACAAGAGGCAAACAAUGGUGAAAUUUUUUGUGCCAUGACAGCCCAAACUGAUAGUGGUGGUAUUAGUACAGACGCAAUGCAUCAAAGAAGAUCAAAAAGGGCAAGACGUGUGCCUGAGGCUGCAGUAACAGAGAAAAACUACAGUUCUGAACACUUGAAUAGAAGAUUUCAAACUGCUGAACAAAACAACACUCUGCUGCUGAAUGAAAGUUCAGUUCACUAUGAAAAUCUAGAUGUCAGUAAUACAGAUGAUUGUUCGCGCUCAUUUGGUCAGGCAUCAUAUCAGAAAAGUAGAAAAGGAUUGAUUAUGAAAUAUCAGGAUUCGGGUGAUAAUAUUCAUGUAUGCAAUUAUUGCAAUGCGAAUUUUUGGUCUGGUGAAGCUCUUAAACAAUCAUCUUCAAAUGCACCUCUCAUUUAUACAAACUGCUGUAAAAAAGGUCAAAUCAAAAUUGAGUUGUCAAAACAAGCUCCAAAUCUCCUCCAACAAUUAUUAGAUCCAAAUAAUGGUUCAAACAGCAAAGUUUUUAGACAAAAUAUUAGAAUAUAUAAUUCAAUGUUUUCUUUUACAUCGAUGGGAGCAACGAUUGAUAAAACUAUUAAUACUGGAUUAGGUCCCUAUGUUUUUAAAAUAAGUGGUCAAGUACAUCAUUUAAUGGGUUCCGUUCUACCUUCUACGGGAGAAUGUCCUAAAUAUGCUCAAUUAUAUAUAUAUGAUACAAAAAAUGAGAUUUCAAAUCGAAUUAACGCUAUUGAUCCUACUCAUGUUAAUACAAAUAUUAAACCAAAUAUUGUAGAAGGACUUAUAAAAAUGUUUGACGAAAACAAUGAUUUGGUCAAAGAAUUUCGAACAAUGAGAAACAAGUUUGAAACACAGUCUUUGCCUUCAUUAAAUUUGACUAUACUAGAUCGUCAACCUGCUGAUAGUAAACAAUAUGAACCACCAGUAAGUGAAGAAAUUAGUGGUUUAAUAGUUGGCGACAUUGGAGAAUAUGACUCAAAUAGAGAUAUAAUUAUUGAAUCAAAUAACAGAAAUUUACAACGUGUUUCUAAAGUUCAACUGGAAUUAAUAAAGUAA